AUUAAAUGAUUGAAUAUAAACUUGAGUUGAUGAAAUAUUUUGUUUACAAUUAAAUUGUAAAUCAUCAAGUGAACAUUAAAUCAAUUUCUAGUAAUUAUUAAUCACAAUGGGAGAUACUCAAGAGAAACCAUUGAAAGUUGUGAUUACAACGAUGCUUGGAAUUGGUCAUUUAAAUGCUUGCAUGGGAAUCGGUUCAUUAUUAAGUAAAAGAGGUCAUGAUGUUUACUUUGCCCACUAUUCGAGGUUUAGGUCACUCAUUGAGACGAAUGGGAUGAAAUUUAUCUCAUUAACUGACCAUCAAGAUGAAGUUCAUAAGAUUCCAGAAGAGUUACCGGUCAAUGAGAACUUUUUUAAAGCCAUGUUGGAUCGAGCGAAAACAUUUUCUCCCUUGGAAUUGGUUAAAGAUGAGAAAGUUUCAGUUUUCAGUGGAUUCAUCACUCUUCUUGAUGCCUCGAAGGGUGAAAAUUACGCCAUGUUGAACAUAAUCGAGGAGAUUAAGCCUGAUAUCUGUUUAGCAGAUUAUCUUUGGGUGAUGCCUUGGAUGGUCAAGGCCAAUAUUCCGGUGGUUCCGAUCAUGUCAGCCGCACCUAAUGAGCUAUACAAUGGACCUCCAUUCAUGUCUGGAUAUUCAGUCAACGAUCCGCCUGAACUUUGGGAAGAAUACAGAAAUUUAGCCCAAAAAGCGGGAGAGGAAUUCGUUGAGAAAAGUAAAGAAUUGUUUGAUUACUUUGGUGUCGAUUAUGUUGAUAAAACACACGCAAAACAAUUAGGAAUUUAUAUUUACCCUGAACCUUUGGAUUACAAGGAAUUUGGUCCACCAAAGAAAAAUUGGAUUCGACUUGAUUCAUCGAUUCGUCUCAUCGAAUCGAGUGAAUUUAAAAUACCUGAAAAAAUCGCUGAUAAACCAGGUAAAUUAAUCUAUGUUUCUAUGGGAACAUUAGCCUCGAUGGUUCCUGAAAUGAUGAACAUGAUUCUUGAACCCUUGUCCAGUUUACCUCAUCGAUUUAUCGUAUCAACUGGACCAAAUGGUGAACAAGUCAAAUUAUCUGAUAAUAUGUGGGGUGAUAAGUUUAUUAAUCAGGUAGCGAUUUUACCUCAUGUCGAUUUGUUCAUCACUCAUGGUGGUUCUAAUUCACUUAUCGAGGGUCUUACUGCAGGUAAACCUUUUAUUGUGAUUCCACAAUUUGGAGAUCAACUCAACAACGGCCAGCGAGUUGUUGAUCUUAAAUUAGGGACGAAGAUUAAUCUUUGGGAAUUUAGUGGAGACAAAUUAAUUAAAGCCAUUGAUUAUGUUCUUAACAACGAUGAGAUCCAGACCAAUGUGAAGAAAGUAUCGGAACAAUUAAAGAAAUCAGAUUCUUCGGAAAAAGUUUGCUCAGCCAUUGAAACUCUUGCUCGAACCAAAACUUCAUCAGUUUAAUGAAAAGCCGGUCAACUUUUCCAACUCAAUCAUGAAGUUACCCUGGUGAUAAAUUCACUAACCGAUCAACUGAAUGUUCAUUAUAAACUCAAUUAAAUUGAUAAAUUAAAAUGUUCAAAGUUCUUAGUCAAUGA